AUGUCCACCGUCACGCACACCCGCACCUCGCCACUCCCCCUCGGCGCGACGCGCCAUCAUGCCCGUCCUCGGCAACAAACCACGCGGCCGUGCGACGCCCGCUUUACGGCAAGGCCACGCGACGCGGCCGUCACGGCAGCGUACAGGGACAGCAUCGACAACGCCGGCGUCGGCAGGGUCACAGAUAUCGUCCGAACGGAUACUGGAGCAAAAGAUCUCGGGUCGGCCAUGGUGGACCCCGACCUCUGGUACGUCCUCGAGCUCGCCUCGGACGACGACCUCGAUAGUUUGCGCGCGAUUGUAUUCGGAUCUUCCCCCUUCUCUCCUCUUCUUAAGUCUUUGAUGGCGAAACGGGACGACCCGGGCCCGGCGGCGACGGCGGACCGGCGCGAGCUGAUGCUCGCGAUCGAGCGGCGCGUGCGGUUCCUCGCGGCGGACGGCGUCGCGAUUGCGCGGCGCAGCUGGCCGUCUUACCGCGAGGCCCUCGUGGCCGUACGGGACCGGCUGGGCGUGCAGUGCAGCAAGAAGCUCGCCACGGGGGACCUCGAGGCGGAGCUGUUCCUGUUCAUGGCGCACACGCACUACGAGGCCGAGGAGAAGGGCCGCGAGGCGAUCAGUAACAUCAGUCCGUCGUCCGAGGAGGCGACGGCCGGGGACGCCGACGGCUCGGCCCGCCCCCGCACCGGCAGCAAGACUACUGGGUGGCGCGCUGCCGUGACGGAGCCUCUGCGGCACGGCUCGCCCGAUAUAGUCGACGCGGUGGUGAAGAUCGGGGCGGCCACGGCGGUGUCGGGGCUCGGCCGGGAAGCGCUGAAGCGGCUGGCCGGGCAGGUGCUGGCCCGCAGCCUGACGUACGAGCUGGUGCUGGGGGAGGCCGUCAGGAGAGGGGCUAGCGAGGCAGCGCUGCGGGCCGCGGGCGCCGGAGCGUCUGCCGCGGCGGCCAGGUACAGCGCGGCGCGUGCGGUGAGCUCGAUACUCGGGCCGGCGAUGUGGGCGGCGCUGGGCGUCGAUCUGGCGCUCAAGGCGUCGGGGACUGACUACGGGCGGCUGACGCGGGCGGUGUUUGUUCUGGCACAGAUUCGGCUCGUGAAGACGUACGGCUUCACCGGCCCGGAGGCGUGA